AUGCCUUUGAUUUAUAGAGAAGGGGUGAAUGCUUUCCGAUGGCUCCUAAGCGAAAUUUUGAAAAACCAUAGCGACUACACCUUUCUACUCUGGACGACUGCAACAUCUUACCUUGAUCUUGAUGACAGCCUCGCACCAGCAGCGAUCAAGCCUGAAUUGUUUCCAAGACACGGCUUCUCAACGUGGAACGGCGAAACGUGCGAAUACGGAGAAAUUGAAUUCGCUGUCGACUUGCCGGGCCGUUUGUCUGAGCAACUGGCUUGGAGGAACCCCCCUCAACUGACAAGCCGCGGACUGCAGGUGGAGAUGCUUGUUCACCAGAACCCUGACGCAUUCCUGAAGGACGAGGACGAUGAACCCGUGCUCGAUAGCAACAUGUUGCUCGUCUUCACUGAACGUAUGUACCGAGACAAGCUCGUGUGCAUCGCACUGCAAAGGGACCACUGGAACGACCGUUUCACGACGUUCUAG